CUUUAUUUGCUGAGAGCUCAGCUCGUCACGCAGCACCAGGAAAUGGAGGAGCUGUUCGGGUGAUGAGUGUCGCUGCAGCAGCAGACCUGGGAGGAGAAACAAGCAGCAGGCAGCUUCAGGCGGCAGCGACAACUCUCAGCACCGUGAGGUCUCGUGCAUGAACAACAGGUGAAGAUGAGCGACGCGAAUCAGCCCAAAGUUGAACUUUUUGUGAAGGCGGGCAGCGAUGGUCAGAGCAUCGGGAACUGUCCAUUCUCGCAGCGUCUCUUCAUGGUGCUGUGGCUGAAAGGAGUCACGUUUGAUGUGACCACAGUGGAUAUGAAGAGGAAGCCGGACAUCUUGAAGGACCUGGCUCCGGGUGCCCAGCCUCCCUUCCUGUUGUACGGCAGCGAGGUGAAAACAGACACCAACAAGAUCGAGGAGUUCCUGGAGGAAAACCUUUCUCCUCCGAGAUAUCCUCGUCUGGCUGCUCGUAACCCAGAGUCCAACACAGCAGGCAUGGAUGUUUUCUCCAAAUUCUCUGCUUAUGUCAAGAACUCAAACCCUCAGAGCAAUGAAAAUCUAGAGAAAGGCCUGCUGAAGGCUCUGAAGAAGCUCGAUGACUACCUCGGCUCCCCACUUCCUGACGAGAUCGACGAGAAUAGCGCAGAUGAUGUCACUUCCUCGUCCCGCCCCUUCCUGGACGGCCAAGAUCUCACUCUGGCUGACUGCAACUUGCUGCCUAAGCUCCACAUUGUGAAGGUGGUGUGUUUAAAGUACAGAAACUUCAGCAUCCCUCAGUCUCUGUCGAACCUGUGGAGGUACCUGAACGCAGCGUACGCCAGGGAGGAGUUUUCCUCCACCUGCCCUAUCGACGAUGAGAUCCACCUUGCCUACUCCUCUGUAGCAAAAGCUCUCAAGUAGGAGGAUGAAAGGAUGCACCAACAGGACAACAAGCAAAAGCACAAACACACAUUUACUCACCUGUAAACAAGCAGCAUGGUCUACCUGUUUCUCAAGAGGCUUAAUUUAACUGUUAAUGCUUUGCUGCAGCUUUAACUGAGGCAACAAUCUGUUUUGCUGUCAUGAAACUUUACCCUGAAGUUUUCUUUAGAGAUUUUCCUCUCAGUUUUCCCUCUUAGAGGAAGUGUUUUGUUUGCCACGUGGAUUAGUUUACAUCAGGAGCAAAACAAGGAAGUACAAGAGUCAGAUAAGCUGAUGCAAAAACAAACACAUGCAUAGAAAAAAAGUCAACUGCAGCUAAAUAUAUUUCGCUUACAAGAUCUCUGGGACAGUCAUGAACUCUCUGGAUAACUUGUUGAUCACGCUGCUUGCAGGCUCAUACACAGACUCACACUCACUGUACAGGUCUCAUACUUAAAACUGCCUACCAGAUCACACUUCUGCGUGUACUGUGAAACCCUCUCAUGAGCUGAUUCAUCUCAUUUCACUUUUGGUGUCAAGGAAACAGGUUGUUUUUUUUAUCAGAAACAUGCACGCCAACUCCAGCUCACCUGCCAAAGUGUCUUUUGUGGUUUGGAUGCUUAAGAGUAAUUAUUUCAACACAGAAGGAACGAAGCCUUUAACACUUUAAGAUAGCUAGAGUUUUUAUGAAACAUGUAUUAACGUUCAGAAACGUGAACUUCUUCAGAGGGGAGGGCAGACUCAAGGCAGCAAACAGUCACAGUAACAGGAAACGGUUUCAAUAGACCUGGGCUUCCCCUUUUCUGUGUUCCCUCAGCAGGCGUGACGGAUUAUUCAAGAUUACAGAGCUUGUUGUUGAUCCGCUAAAGGGGCACUUUUCCAAAAUGUCGGGUUUUUUUCUAUCUGACACAGAUGAAUGAUUUUUUUGGGAGGAAGAUAACCGGUUGUGAGUGUAUUAAAUGUGCUGUAGACUUAAAGAGAAAAGGCUGUUGUUGUCUAAUCAACAGCAUGGCGCUCUUGAUGCCUUCACCAGCAGCUCACGGCACGUGGCCUGUUCUCACACAAGUAAAAAAAAAGAACAGGAAGUUAUAUAUGGACAUGCGCAGUUUUUAAAAUACAAGUAGCACUCGCAGCUUUGGACUGCAGACUGUUAAAUAAUCUUUAAAUAAUUUUCUUCAUUUUUUCUUUUUGUCAACAAAGACCAAAACCCACAUUUCAUUACGUGUUUACUUUAGAAGUUAUUCUACUUGGUAUGUCUGUGAAACUCGGCUCUACACCAGUUCUGAUGACAUGAACCUGAAAAAAGGGGGUUGCACUAAGACAUUAUUCUGUCUUAAUGCAAAGUUUUAUUUUUCCAAACUAAGUCAUAACUUCUGGGACUUUUGCAGCUGCAGAAUAAUACAUAUUUUAUACCCUAAUGUGUGUGUUAACAGAAAAGGGGUGAUGCAUUUGGGAAAUGUUAAAGAAAAUGCUCAGUGCCUACAUUAAACACGUUGUACAGUGCAGUUUCACACCAGUAUUAAUACCAGUUUCAGAGGUGUGGCACUUCCCUGAUUACCAACACAGAAGCCAAGACAACUGGAUAAAAAAGAAUGACUUUCACAUGUGCAUUUUUCAAUUAUUACUAUGCAAGAUUGUGCACAAGCUUCCUCCUCUCAUCAAACACCUUUUUAAAGUAUGUAAAGCAGUAUCUGUUUGCUCAGCCGUGAUGCUCUGCCAGUUGAGCUUGCAGACAGUGCAUGGUAACAUUAAGAGAUGAGUUAGAGUAUACUGUUGUUACAUUGUUUCCAAUAUAUGCUCACUAAAAUCUGUUUCAUGUCAACACAUUUUGAAAAUAUGUGCCUGUGCCGAUAUCUGUGUAAUCCAGUAUCGACCUGAAAGUAUCGGCUGCCUGAUACAUCAGUCAAACUUCGUACUGUGUAUCCAUACUUGGUUACUCAGGCUGUACCUAUUAGCAGGGUACAGCAAUAAUGGUCUUUUGAAUCUGUUGACAACAAGAAAAAAUCAUGUUCCCUUAUUUAGAUCUGUUAUAUUUCAUUAUAAACCCUCUACUUUUGCAGUCGGUCCUCUAGCUGUCACAUUUUGGAUUUAGAGGUCUGAAAUUCCCGUUAAAGUGACUUGAAGUUGAACUAGGACUCAUAAACUCCUUUGACUGUAGUCGCAGCUUGUGUAGAGGAUUUAAUUACAUCAAGGCAUGUCCAAAAUCAUAGAGCUCAUCUGUUUAGCUUUAGCCUUUUCUUCAGCAGGAUUUGGUAGAACCAACUAUUUUUCUGAGCUCAAAGUAGCCUCAUUUUGUUUGCGUCCUGUCUUUUAGGUCUGGAUUUAGAUCUUCGAAGGGAAUUACACCCAAGUGCAAUUAACACUGAUUGAAAAAGACAAUGUUGUAUAAAACUUUGACUGUGUUAAAGAAUCAGCGUGACCACAGUUUUUUUUUUUUUUUACUCCAUUUGAAGUUUGCAUGUUAAAUCCCUCCUUGGUGAAGCGCUGGGUUUGAUAGUAGACGUGUUGAUCUAAGAGAUGACACUGCUUAUUUGACUUGACUGAAUUGUUGUGGAUCUGUUUUUCUAAACAUAUAAAGGGAUUGUGUCUGAAUAAUUUCAGUUCUGAUGUAUUUUAGUAUUCCUUCUCUACAAACGUGGGAGAGUUUUUCACUUUUUACCGUAGGAUUUCAUACAUUUUCAGGGACUUUUAACUUUUAUAUAUACUCAUAUUUUACUCUUAAUUGUUUUAACAUCACUAUUUUUAACAUUUUUUAAUUAUAAUUAUUUUUUGUUGAUGUAUUUUCCAUAUUACAAUUUUCCCAUUGGUCUCUUCCACCACAAAUUUCCCCCUAAAACAUUCAAGCCUUUUCUUUGUCUGUUUUUUCAUCAUGCUCUCUGCCAUGUAGUCAAAUGCAGUUGCACUUAAAAGUCCACAGCAUCAAACCAGUGGUGUGGACACUAAUGCAGUAGUAUACACCAACAUGAAGACAAUCAAACUAAUAGCACAGCUGAAAUGUAUUUUGUACUUUGAAGCUCUUACAAAGACACAUGUAUUCAUAUUUUAAUAAAAGAAUCUUCAUAAUAAAU